AUGCAGGAUCUGUACAAACUCACGGCUGCUGAGGUUGCAUCCCUCCUGAGGAGUAACAAUAUAACAGUAGAGGAAUAUGCACGAUCGCUUAUAUCACGAGUGAAAGCUCGAGAUGCUACAGUGAAAGCGUGGGCUUACUUUGAUGAGGAUUUGGUGUUAGACGAAGCUCGAAAACUCGAUCAAGUACCGCAGGCACGAAGAGGCCCAUUGCACGGGAUUGCGAUUGGUGUCAAAGAUGUCAUUUACACUAAAGACAUGCCCACUCAAAUGGGCUCGACCAUCUACAAGGACGAUGCUCCAAAGCUCGAUGCCGCGCCGGUCAUCACUCUUCGCAAUGCUGGAGCAUUAAUAUUUGGUAAUCCUUCAUCCUUUACGAUGCUACUCAAACUUAUACCUGCAAUAGGAAAAACAACAACGACGGAGUUCGCGUCGACCACGGAAGGCCCUGCUACUACGAAUCCACACGACUCAGGUCGUACACCUGGAGGCUCAUCGUCAGGAUCUGGAGCCGCCGUUGCCGACCUCCAAGUCCCUCUCGCUCUAGGGACUCAAACAGGCGGAAGCAUGAUCAGACCUGCCUCGUUUAAUGGCGUUUACGCCCUGAAGCCAACCUGGAAUUCUGUAUCGCGUGAGGGUCUCAAGGUCUACUCGCUAUUGCUCGACACAUUAGGUUUCUUCGCCCGCAGUGUUGAAGACUUAGAGAUGCUCGCGGACGUCCUAGAGAUCAAGGAUGAUGAGCCAUCGCCUGAGACGUUCAACAUCAAGGGCGCCAAGAUUGCAUUCUGCAAGACGGAGAUAUGGGACCAAGCGGGUAGAGGAACGCAGGAUGCUUUGGCGAGAGGGCUUGAGCUGUUAAGUCUGCAUGGUGCGAAGCUCACUGAAUUGACACUGCCCCCUGAGUUUGAUGAUUUUCCCAAGUCCAACAAGAGACUGCUCUUCGGCGAAGGACGAACAACUUUCCUGUCGGAAUACAACGCUAACGGAGACAAGCUCGACCCCUUUCUUAUUGGAGUAGCGGAAAAUGACGAGAAAAUUACUAGAAAGCAAUAUGUCGAAGCAAUUGACAGGAUUGCAACACUGCGUCCAAAGUUCGAUGCUAUCGCAUCUGAGUAUGAUGCUGUGCUUACGCCGAGCAUUCCUGACGAAGCGCCUGUAGGCCUCAAGAGUACAGGCAGUGCAGCUUUCAAUGCGAUGUGGACGGCUUUGCAUGUACCUGUUGCAAAUGUCCCUGGGUUCAAGGGCUCGAAUGACAUGCCUAUUGGACUGUCGCUGGUCGUGUCCAGAUAUCAUGACCGUCAUCUUCUGCAAGUCGCGAAAGAGGUAGGCAAAAUAUUUAGCGAAGAAGGAGGAUGGAAGAACACCCUUGUUACCUAACGUUUUGACCGAAAAUGUUCGAAGCAGCAUUUAUUGCGGAUGUUGAUCUUCGCCUAUUCAAUGCCACGUGGUACACCCGGACUCUCAGAUCCGGUGAUGAAGUUCAAUCCUGUUGGAGCAUUCACCUUACUAGAAGGUUAUCUAUAUAUUGCCCAGGACGUGAAAUUGUUCGUCAGAAGAGCAAGUCCGGUCUGGCAACGUCAACUAUCAAUCUCGAGUCCCGUUAUAAUGUCACUUUGCGUGCCUCAAGUUCUUCAAGGCUGUGCACGAGAUGUAUUCAAGGUUGGUCGUCGAACCGGGCGCCGAGUAACUAUAACCUCCUAGAUAAUCCCAGCCUCAAGGAUACCGGAACCUCACUCAUGCCUCGAUUCAU